AUGUCUUUGAAUUUACCCUCUUCUGAGGAAAAUGCCAAAAACAUCCGUGCUGCAACGGUGUCCCGCCGUUCCCACCGCACAUGGGCCGGAACCUUUUACUGUGCUCCAGAGUUAUAUUUACAACCGUCGUCGAUUGAUGAGUUGAAAUCAAUUGUCGUGGAGGCCCACCGCCAAAAGAAGCGUAUCAUGCUUACAGGUUCUGGCCAUUCACCUUCAGAUCUUACCAUGACACUUCCUCGUGGAGUCACUCAAAGCACAGGUGAAUGGCUCGUCAACUUGGACCGUUUUAACAAACCUGUGUCAUUGACUCCUGCUCCAGAGGAUGCAGAAAAUAAAGAGACACCGGCUCGUUAUACGGAUGUGAAGUUGGAAGCUGGUAUUCGUAUUUACCAGAUUAAUGACUAUCUCAAGACCAAGAACCUUGCUAUUCAGAAUCUGGGAUCUAUUUCUGAGCAAUCUGUUGCAGGAAUUAUUUCCACAGGUACUCAUGGAUCCAGUGCAUACCAUGGUCUUGUUUCUCAGCAAUUUGUUUCUCUGAGUGUACUGAUUGCUUCUGGCGAAAUUAUCGAGUGCUCUGAGACCCAAAACCCAGAUUUAUUCCGUGCAGCGCUCUUGUCUCUCGGUAAGAUUGGCAUCAUUGUGUAUGCGACGAUCCGAACAGUGCCAGCAUUUACGAUCCACUCAAAGCAGGAGGUGACAACGUUUGACAACUUUGUAGACAACCUGUGGGGUACAUUCUGGACUUCGUCGGAGUAUCUUCGAGUAUGGUGGUUCCCGUACUCCAACCGUGUGAUUUUGUGGCGUGCCAACAAGUCGACUAAGCCGCUUUCAGCGCCGCGCGAUUCGUGGUACGGAACUACGCUUGGAAGACUGUUUUACCAGUUUUUGUUGUGGGUUGCUGUCAAGGUUAAACCCAGCUUGACACCUGCUAUUGAGAAAUACGUUUUUAACCAGCAAUACGGACUUGAGGAAACAUACGAUGUGGAAGGCAAGGCUUCUGUUGCUGUUCAAGGUAGCGUUGAGGGCUUGAAUAUGGAUUGCUUGUUUAGUCAGUUCGUCGAUGAGUGGGGUCUCCCAUUGAAGUAUGGUCAAAAGGUUUUGUACAAACUUCGCGAACAGAUUUUGGCUGCAGCCAAGUCUGGUGAAUACUACGUACAUGCUCCGAUUGAAGUGCGCUGCUCGAACCUUACAACUGUUGCUCCCACUGAUGCUCCUGCCACGACUAUGAAGUUACUUGAAACUGUUCCUGCCUACAAUAGUGAGACACCGCACAUUGGCUCGAUUCCUGGUAAUUCUCUUGGUCCCUUUUUGAACCCGUCACCCAAUGAUAUCACAUAUGCGCCUCCAAUCCCUGGGAAAGUUGAGAAUGACAAUCUGACAUUGUAUUUGAACGCGACCAUGUACCGACCUUUUGGGUUUGAUUCGCCGAUCGACAAGUGGUUCCGAGUAUUUGAGGACAUUGUGUACGAAGCUGGCGGCAAGCCACACUGGGCUAAGAACUUUUUGGGUAACCGUGAAUUGCCCGAGGAAGAAAAGGCAGGUGUUAAACGGGUUGGAGGAAUUUUUGGUUUGGGAGGAAAGAAAGUACGAUACGAAACAGACGGGCAGAUGCGCGGACUGGCGCCGCAGGUUGGUGGCUGGUGGGGCGAAGACCUGGAGAGCUGGAAACGGGUGCGCAAGGAAAACGAUCCUGACGAUACGUUUUUGAGUGGCGCCAACUGGGCAGAGAUUAACGGUCUUUUGUAG